AUGCACCGAACAAAAAGGACGAGGACAGAAAAGAAAGACGUGGACAAUGCAACUUGCUCACAUGCUGACCCUGCCACGCUAGCUGAGACUUCGAACCCAACACCUUUGAAGCAGAAAAGUGAAGUUGAAGCUAAUGUUACACAGUAUGCUUUGUGGACGUCGGAAUACAGCCCGGCGCACAACCAGUCCGCAGAAGAAGUUGUUGACUUGGAUCAGCUGGCGCAAGCUCGGAUCGGAUGUGACAUCACCAAAGUGCCCGGCGACGGAUGGUGCUUCUUUCAUGCCGUCAGUCGGCACUGCAGCAAUUGGAACACGUGGUCGAUAACGCACGCCGCAGAAUUAUACCUGCAGGCGUUGGAGUGGUUGUGCAAUCAGAAAUAUGGUCCGAGGGCAGAAGACGUUCAGCUUGCCUGCGUGCCCUUCGAUGAUCGAGAACUAGAGUUGCAUAAGCAGUAUCUUCUGCGCGCGUACAAAUCCAACCCGAGCUUAGCAGAGCUCACGGACUCAGAGAUUGUGCUUGUGAGCAAGCUAGUUGCGGUGCUACAGAAACCGCGUGCCUUGGACUCCAUCCACCAUGGGUCUUUCGUCGAACUAUGGGCGCUCGCAGAGACAUUCGAUUUUCACUGCCUGAUUUGGAGUCAGGACGUGGACCACAACCUGUGGGUGCGAGACCAAGCAAUUGUUAGUGACCAAGAAGCCCAUGCAAGACUACAAGAACAUCCACAAGUGUUAGAACUUCUGCACCGCCAACUCGGCGUCGCCGGCCAUUACGACAUAGUGGACAGAUCUGCGUCGCUGCGGCCGCCGUUUCCGGACACCACCUGGACACUGGAGUGGAAACGCGCCGGAGCUGACGCCGUCUUGCAGCGGGCAGCGGACACUCUAGAGACGCCUGUGCCACCCUUACCGCCGCCGUGCGAGCCGCCGCAAAGUUCGCCGCAAGAGCAUCGCUCACGCAAAGGAAGCACGGCGGGGCUCGACGGUGAGAUCGACAAACCGACCACAGACGGCGUGUGCCAGGGCUCUUCCAGACCAGCGCGACGUCGCCGGACAGGCGUGCGCAUCGCGCAGCGUUCCCAGCCAAGUUGCGCGGAACAUAGCUCCUGCAAGCGCGAGACGUCUGUGCGCUGUGACGGAGCCAUCGAACAAGAAGACCAUGUGGCCUCGCAUCCACCGACAGCAACCGCAGCCACCGAUGCACAGCAACACACAGAUCCAAGAUCCACCGUGCAGAGGGGGGCAGACGACGUCUGGCCACAGUCCAACGCAGUGGAAGAAUCCGAAGGAACGGCCACGGACGUGGACUUGGACAGUGUGCUGUCGUGGGAUUCCGAAUCUAGUGGAAGGUCCAAUGACGCAGACCUACCAGCGGUCGUCGAACCACAUAAAAGCUGGGUGACGAUAGAGGACCGCGCAAUAGACAGCGCCAAGCACUUGGCGACGCACUUCCGGUUACGCCCUUUAUUGCCAUGCGUGUUGAGUGACAAAGACUUGCAAAAAUUAGGUUCAAACUCUGGAUUAGUGUAUCCCGCAGUGCAUUGUGCGUUCGACGGUUGUCAGUGGGCUUCUGAUGUGCAACCAUGUCAUCCCCACUGGUCAAAAGAAAAAGUCUGGCGCAUAGAAGGCACGACUUGGUCACACUCAGCCAGAGCCUGCUGCGGCAAUGCUGCCACGUGCUUGUGGGCGCACCUGAAAGAAAACCAUCACGCAGUCUUCGAGGAGGCAGCGCAUCGCGCAGCCGGAGGCUCGGCCGAGCUCGCAAUUCCCAGCCAAUACGUGAAUGCCUUGUUGCAGAAAGAAGAUCAACAAGUGCCACAGGUCGGUUGGAGUGUGGAUCGUCGAACCCUGCGACGACUGCAGAAAGAAUUGCAGGAGACGUCGUGCGAAGCCUUGAUAUGUGCAUGCUGUGCUCGCAUCCAUGCCGGGGGUGCUGCUGGGGACAUUGCCUAUUUGUCCGCAGCGGAGUUGUUUGGUUCCCUUUCUCUAGAAAGCUUCACCUGCAACUGGAAUUUGGAUACAUACAUGAAGCAGUACGCCACCAGUGCUUGCGUCCGCGACCGCUUUGACGCACAUGAAUGGUCGCGCCUUUUGCCUGCCUCUCUAUACAAUGGCCAAAAGAUUGUGUGUUGCCCAGAAGACUUGCGCUGCACAGCUUGUGAUGUAGGCAAUGGGCAGCUUUGCGAAACAUGUGAGCUUCCUAUCUGCCACCAAUGCCUGGUGCAGAUGUUCGACAAACAUGUUCUUGCAGUUCCACAAGCUCUAGCCAAUGACAACUGGUACGGCUACCCCACAGAGUUGUUAUACAAACACAAAGUGCGGUGGAUAGAAGCAGCCGCCGCUAGCCCAGUGUGGACGUCCGUCGUCACGUAUUAUGUAGAAGCAGACAGAGGGCACCUGGUGGAAGAAACCCUCCACCGCGCGGAGCAUCGUUCUGCCGUUCGAGGUAAUGUUUCCUCAUUUAGCUUACCUUGGGAAGAAGUCUUGCAAGCGUUCGCUCCACAAGCAAACACUAGCAUGCCGUGGACAAACUUGCCGCAGAAGCCCAAAGUUCUGCAAGCCCUGGUUAAGAUUACUGUGAAAGGCAUGCGUCGCAAUGAGGCGAUAGAGUGGGUGGCCGGCGCACGGAUCCGACCAUGGGUGGUCGUUGCAUUGUUGCAACAUUUGAUCGACUUGCAGCAUCCAAUGUGUGACAAUCACAUCUCCCCGGAGAAAGCAAAAGAAGAAGUGAAACAACGGGUCACAAAUAUAUAUGGCACGGAAGAGACAAUGCCGCUCGGGGAAGGCAUUCUCGAAGACGUGCCUGUGGCCGCGCCACUCUCGUCGGCGCAAUCCACCCACAAAGCGCGACCCACCAAGUCUUCGCGCUCGCGUCCGGCAGCGCCAAAGCAAAGCCCACCAGCAAGUGCACGGCACAGUGGCCAAGCUUCAAAGCCCGUUGCAGAGGUAUGUCCCGACGCAAAGCUGUCAAAGGUAGCCGUAGACACUGCAAGUGGCGACCAUAGCAUCGUCACGACCGACGACCAUAGCCUGAUCAUGGGUACGCGGCUACUGCCUAGCGAGCUUUCUCGUGAUCCUAGUCAGAGCCAGCAUGCACUUGCACGCACCACAGUCUCCACCACACCAACCGAGCUCUCAGUUGUGGCCUCCGACAACGCCCAGAGCGCGCAUCGAUUGUUGUCGCAGCCGACGACAACCCCUGCAUUGCCGUCGCCGAGAAGCAUGCGACGCCAGAAACGGCGGCGUCCGCAGCACUGGAUGGCCAAGCUUUCACUGGAGUACAUCGACCAAACGUCCUAUCCCAAGACUACGCAGCACGGUCUUCGGAAAGCGGACCUGCCCAGCAAUAUGGGAAUCCGCCAAUGCAAUGCUCGGAAAUUUGGAUUGAGUACUGCUGGCCGGAGAAAUGCUUUAGGUACAAUUUUAGAUAAGCGAGAAGAUCCUUGGUUGUCCGGCACAAUGUAUGCCUUUUCGCUCAUGUUGUUUGGCAACUCGCACACUGCGGUGAACUUUCGAGUUCCUCUGACUGCUGCCUCCCAUGACGCAGAGUGUGCCCGCGGAUGUCUCGCAGACACUUUACUCCGGAAGCUACAACGCGCCAUGGCGCAGGCAGCUCGCCGUUCCACACGAUACUUCACAGGCUACUUGCAAAAGCCCCAACCAUUGGGUCGGAAAGAGUUACAGAAUGCAGCCAAACAGUUGCAUUUCUUAGAAACCGCUGCCGCAGACGACCCAGCCGCGCAGCAGCGGAAAGUCGCGCAUCGAGUGCUGGGGGACCUUGAAUUUCGUUGCUCCACCCGGCCCAUGACCGAAGAAUUCAUGUUGGCCGGUUUCGCCACCUCCACCGAACCAACCUCUGCAGAGUGCAUUCGUAGUUUUCCCGUCGUCCCCUUUGUAGGAGUCGGUUUUGAGUACUCGAAACGCUCCAGUGCCGCAGUCCACGAAAUUAUCGAAGAAUGGAAAAUUGACUCGGAAAACUACACCGCAUCCCUGAAACCCAUCAACACCGGCGUGCCCAACAUCAAGCCAGAUCACAGCCAGAGCAUCGCUCACGCACAUACCCAGUCGCCUCCAGAGCAGUUUUUGACGUGGACGUAUGGCACCUUGACGGCAGAAGCCGCGGAAGCCUGGCUCACCAACUUGCAAAGUUCCGACGGCAACUGCCAACCCACCGGCGAACAACUCAAGUUUUUGCGCGCCGUCAUCCAACGCAGUCUGCAAGAGGCCACCGAAGAGCGCGCGGGCACGGCCGACACCGAGCCCUUGCGAGCCAUUUUCCAUGGCGUACCGGGAGCCGGCAAAAGCCAAACCCUCAAGUGGCUACGCAGCUUUUUCGAGGACAUUUGCCACUGGGAGCAUCAGCACCAAUUCGUCUUCUUAGCUCCACAGAACACUCAGGCCGCGCUCAUCGGCGGUGUCACCCUCCACGCCUUCGCGAACAUCCGUGUUCGAGCCAAAAAGGCCUCCCCGGGCAGCACCCACACCACAGACCAAUUCGUCAAGUAUCAGCGUUUACGUCUGAACCUGAUCCUGACCGGUGACCUUUGGCAGUUCCCCCCGGUGAAAGCCACCGCCAUUUUCCAAAACCCUUUCGUGGAAAAUGGCUCCUGGAACUUCAAAACCCACACGGUCGAGUGCGGCCAGACAACUUGCGCCGACCUGCACUUGCAAGCUGCAGCCCUUCACAAGCAACCGCUUGAAUGCAAGCAGUGUCGAGCCGAACGCCAACGUCGGAUCACGCAAACCUUGCCAGAACUCAAAGCCUUUGGACUCUUCAAAAAUACUCGAGGCACGCUUUGGAGUUGGACGCUACAUGAGGCAGACGCUGAUGCAGCGUCGCAGAACGACGCAGAUAACAUCGUCCUUCAAAAAAUGCCUCUAGCUCUGUACGUCCACGUCCCCGGGCAAACGUGGCAACAACAUACACAACUGCCACCAGGAGUUGCCCGCUUAGAAGCAGUGACGCAAACAUGGUCCCUGGAGACCAACGGUAAGGCCACAGUGUCUCGACGCGGUUUCCCACUCGCGUGCGAUUUCGCAGGGACCGCGCAUUCCUUCAUGGGCUCCACCCUAGAAGCCUGCACGCUUGAUCUCGGCCACUGGGAUUCCACCGCGUCCCGCGAGGCUCAACUGAGCGGCUACAUGACGAAUGGUACCAAGUCUUAUCCGAAGGCAUGUGUCGCCUAUGUCUCCAAUGCAAAGCUAAGCAGAGCGGAACACAACCACCCAGUCGCCCUGAAGCAAUGCAUCCUUGUCCAUAUUGCCCUGAAGCCAGACCGGCCAACAAAACUGGCUAUUGUUCGGAGUGUGUCAAAACAGAACGUUUAG